AUACUUGCUGGGCAUCGCGGCCCUACCUUUCGCUCCCUCCCCUGCACAAUUUCUAUGGCCGCGAAAGUACCAGUGCCAAAUUCAUGGGAAGAUGAUGAAUGGGAGAGCCAACCGGCCAGGUUAUCUACGGUAUUUCCGCUUUCUCCUUUUUCGAACUGCGUAUAUGCGCGAGUAGCCCAGCUAAUAGAUUCCUCGUGGAAGACAAAUACCCCGCCAACAGUGGUAACUGGAAUCCUCCGCUCCGACGCAGUGGAAUUCACCCCGACCCAACAACCUCUCUACACCCCCGCUUCCUCGCAACCAAAAACAUUCUUCAAACCGGAGCUGAAAAUACUCAAGCGCACGCCUUCGCCAAACUCUUCUCCCGUGGCCGCUGAUACGCUGAAAGUAUCGACGGAGAAACCUCGAUCGCAAGAGCAAGAGACAGAGAUAGAGCGUAGAGAACGGGAGCGCAGGGAGCGGGAACGCCGAUAUCAGGAGGCCCGCGAUAAGAUCUUUGCUUCACCGGUGCCUGUAGCGAAGCCCAGGCGUAAAUUCCCGUCGCCGCCCAGGACUGCGCCCGCCAGGAAUGCGCCGGCGCCGGCGGGUAGAGGCAAUCGGAAAUCAAACAAAACCGGGGGAAAGGGUAGAGAUGGGGGAGGUGGGGCUAUCACCUCCCUCUCCCUUAACGGUGGAGGGUUCACCAUCGCGCCUCCGCCACCAAAGAUUUGGGAGAUUGACGAGAAGAUGUUGGAGUCGCAGUUGGCAGUCAUGAGUGAGUCUAUGGCUGCCGCGGCUACUGUGGGUAGGGAUGGGGAAGGCGCAGAUGAAGGCCUUGAUUGGGAUUCUUUUGAGAGGGGCGGUUGGCGUCCGUGCGAUGAUCCACCCCUAGUUCCCCCGUACAAUAAUAAUGGUCAGGAACCGACUCCUCCCCCUCCACCUCCACCUCCACCCCCACCGGCAAUCCCGGCAGUCCCAGCGCAGGAUAAACGUCCAGGUGUACUCCGCGCGCCUAGAGGGCCGGAUACGGAUGGUGGAAAGGGAUUUAAAGGAAGAGGCCGAGCUUGUGAUGUUAAAGAGUUUGUCCCGGGGAAUACCUGGGGGCAGUGAACAGCUGCGAGUACUGCUUCCAUUCCUUUUCUUUUCUCUUUUUCUUUUCCUCUUGAUUACUCUAAUAUGGUCCCUUUCUCUUUCAAGUGCUUUUUUUGUGUCUUUUCCGUCUCUUGGAUCUCGCUUCCUUUUUUUCAUACUUCUUAAAUCUGGUGUACAGGCGGGGAGAAACAGACUCAGGGUUAGGGUAGGCAAAUGGGUUGCUGUUCCGUUUUUUUCCCUUAAAUCUCCAUUUUAUGCUAUGGCCAUGCUCGAAAGCAACCGACGACAACCAAAAUCGGUGAAUGCAUGGAUAGCAGCAAAAGCAACAGCUCGAGUUAGCUUAAAUUAU